UCUACACACGAGUCACAAAUAUACCUAGUACUUCAUUUUGGGACUUAGGUCAUGUUCGCCAGUCGCUCGGCAGUUUCUUGCCAGUCAUAGGACAGAUCGCUCUUAACGAGGUUUAGUUGUGUAUUUGCCUACUUAUUUAGCGCUUGACAUAUCUGUCGGUUUACUUAUGUAUUCGAUUACCGGCAGAGUUAGCUUUUUUAAUUUUCUUAGUUUUUCUUCUUAGGUUAAAAUGUUUAUAUACGGGCAAGUUUAUGUGAUUAAGUUUGUGUAAUUAAGUUAGUGUAUUAAAUUAGUGUAAUUAAGUUCUCGUAUUAAGUAAGUGUAUUAAAUUAGUGCUAAUAGUGUGUAAAUUAAAAUCUACAGUUCGUGACAAUGAAAAAAGCGAAGAAUUCAAAUUCCGAGAAAAGGGACGAUAAGAAAUCGGACAGAGAAGAUAGUGCAGGGAGCAGAGACGGAGGACAGAGUAGCAGUUUUGAAACAGAUCAAAAACGGAAAAGAACCAUGGCUCAAGAGAAAGGUCCCCCACCUCAAGUUCAACCGUCAACCACGCCCGCCUGGGGUAUCGCCGAUAGAAGCGUGAAAGAAGAAUCAAACGAAGACAAGAACAACGAUUCAGGUGUAUCACCCGAUCAUUCCACGAGCAAUUCUGGUUCGCCGAGUACAUCGACAUCAUUUUCGACAGUUAUCUCUAGCAUGUCACCGGAAAGUGGGAGUUCGCAGGAUUCGCAUAACGUAGGAAGCAAUACAUACUGUUACAAUCCACAGGGGACGGUUAAUAAUAAUCAUCCAACUCCCGGAACUUCGGGACGUACUUCAAGGAGUGGAAGUAAGCCGAAACAAAAGGGUGGCGGUUCUAGAGUGACGAAAUCAACAAAAGCGAAACAAAAACGUGCACCCAAGAAAAAUAUCCUGCAAUGUCCUAUUUGCGAGUUCAUUACGUACGAUAGGGCACAGUUCUCGACUCAUUUAACGGCACAUUCUACGUUAAGAAGAGACGCUUCAGAAGCGUUAAAAUCUAUGGUUAACCAGCUGGGUGCGGAAUCAGCAUCUGUGGCAAAUCAAGGCGAAUGUUCGAGACAGCAAGCAGACGAGGACCCGGGACUCCGAGUUCCACGAUUGAAUUCGCAAGGCAAAGUGAAAACUUUUAAAUGCAAACAGUGUACUUUCAUAGCCAUAACUAAACUCGAGUUCUGGGAGCAUAGUCGGUGUCAUAUUAAGGCUGAGAAGCUCUUGUCUUGCCCAAAGUGUCCUUUCAUCACCGAAUAUAAACAUCAUCUGGAAUAUCACCUGCGGAAUCAUCUCGGCUCGAAACCUUUCAAAUGCAGCAAGUGUCCGUAUUCAUGUGUGAACAAAUCCAUGCUUAACAGCCAUCUUAAAUCUCACUCGAACGUCUACCAAUAUAGAUGCGCCAACUGUUCAUAUGCUACCAAGUACUGUCACUCGUUGAAACUUCAUUUGAGAAAGUAUGACCACGAUCCAGCGAUGGUGUUGAACGCCGAUGGUUCGCCGAAUCCACUUCCUAUUAUAGAUGUGUAUGGAACACGUCGUGGUCCGAAACCAAAGGCGAUCAAGUCUCCUGAUGACGCAGGCCCGAGCACCGCUGUUGACAGCAACGCUCAAGUUGCAGCAUCUUCUCCUCAAUCAGAGCUUCCACCGGAAGUGUCUCCGAUUAACCAUCAGUUGUCGAUAUAUACAAUAAAUGACUUGAACAUUAUAAAUGCAGCGAACGCUGCAAAUGCUUUGAACAAUGCAAACAACUUAAACAUCGCAAAUAACUUGAAUGCAGCGAAUAUUAUUAACGCUGCAAAUACUUCGAACAGCGCUAGCCCUUUGAACAUCGCAAAUAACUUGAAUGCAGCGAAUAUUGUUAACGUUGCGAAUAAUUCAAACAGCGCAAGUCCAUUGAACAUCGCAAGUAACCUCAAUGGAGCGAAUACUUUUAACAUGACAAGCACUAUGAACAGCGCAGGACCCAUGGACACCGCAAAUAUCUUCAGUGGAGUAAAUGCUUUCAAUGGCGGAAGCCCAUUGAACAUCGCGAACAGUAUCAAUGCAGCGACUGCUUUCAACAUUGCGAAUACUUUGAACAACGGAAACCCCUUGAACACCAUAAAUAACUUCAAUGCAGCGAAUAUUUUUAAUCUUGUAAAUACUUUGAAUGGCGCAAACCCCUUGACCAUUGCAAGUAACUUCAGUCCAGCGAAUAUUUUGAAUGCCGCAAACACUUCGCAUGGAGCAAGCGCUUCACACGGAGCAAGCACUUCGCAGGGCGCAGGCACUUCGUAUGAUGCAAGCGUCUCGUAUGGGCCAAGCACUUCGCAUGGAGCAAGCACUUCGCAGGGCGCAGGCACUUCGUAUGAUGCAAGCACGUCGUAUGGGCCAAGCACUUCGUACGAACCAAGCACUUCGUACGGACCAAGCACUUCGUAUGGACCAAGCACUUCGUAUGCCCCAAACACUUCGUAUGCCCCAAAUACUUCGUAUGGCCCAGGCACUUCGUAUGGCCAAGGCACUUCUUAUGCCCCAAACACUUCGUAUGGCCCAAGCACUUCGUAUGGCCCAAGCACUUCGUAUGCUCCGUGCACCUCCUAUGGCCCAAGCACCUCGGCUGGACCAAGCACUUCAGCUGGAACAAACACUUCGUGUGGCCCAAGCACAUCGGCUGGCCCAAGCACUUCGUAUGGACCAAGCACUUCGGCUGGACCAAGCGCUUCGCAGGGCGCAGGCGCUUCGGCUGGACCAAGCACUUCGCAUGGACCAGGCACUUCAUAUGGCGUGAAUAACUUCAACGCUGCAAAUAUCUUCAACGGCGCGUUUAACUUGAACGGAGCAAAUACUUUAAGCAAUGCGAAUAUCCUCAACUUCUCGAAUAUGUUGAACUGUGCGAGUAUAUUGAACGACACUAAUACGUUGAACAAUGCUAUCAUUUUAAACGCUGCCAUCUUGAAUAGUGUCAACAUGUUGAACGGAGUUAUUGCGUGCAGUGCCAGCUCCGCAAGGGGACUCAACGAAGUCAUACCGAAUCAAUCAUUCGCGACUUUCCCAUACAAUCAGAUAUUCGCUCGCUUUCCUUUACUGCCUUUCCUUGCUGCCCAAGGCAAUAAUAUCGUAAAAGAAUUCGACCAAAUACAAUCUAAGGUGAUGAUGGACUAUUUAGUGAUGUUAAACGGAGGAAGGAUGUUGGACGAUUCAUUUGAAAAUCUCGUGUUCAGAUGCCCCGAUGGGAGCAAUGUUUCAAAUGAUGUGGCCGAUAAUUCGCUAAAUAACGAGGCGCUUCGCGAUAUGAUUUCCAUUCAGCCUGAUUUGAUGAACAUUGUGGAAGAGACAGAGCAGGAGGAGGCACCUUUAGACCUUAGUAAAUCCAGUACUUCUAAAAAUGUUAGCAGAUCAAGAGAGACACGUAUUAGCAGACGCAAGGGGAAAGCUGUAAAACUGAAUCGUCGGGUGGUCCAGAAGUCCGAUGAAGAAGAAUCACACGAGCAGCAAGAACAAUCGCCCAGGCUUCCAACUCCCAAUGACCUUUGUUUCUUUGGGCAAACAGGUUACGACUGGAGCAAGUUUACACUGAGCCAGAAAAUCAUUUGUCAACACUGUAACAUUGUGUUUGGUAACCUAGUGAUGUAUACUAUCCAUAUGGGGUAUCACGGUGAAAACGAUCCUUAUACUUGCAACAUUUGCGGCGUUCCGUGUGGCAACAGGAUACCCUUCUUCUUGCAUGUCGCCAGAUCAAAACAUUGGUAGAUCUCGGCAAUAAAUCUGCGAUAAAUUCUGAUCGAAUUUUAUAUAACUCUUGGGAAGAAGACCGAACGAUUUUUCUUCGAACUUGUCUGGUGGUUAUAUUGCUUGAAUAUAGAGUCCUACGUACCGGAUGUGACUGAAAUCGACAAAACACCAAAGCCUACUUUUUUUCUAAUGCUUCAAGCUACACGCAAUUGCGGGGACGGUAACGUGAAAGAAUAAACCUGAAAAAAUAGUGUGCCGUGAUCCAUAAGAAAUUUCGUCCUUCGUUCUAUACGACGAAGCAACUGAAUACGUAGCUAAUUGUUACAGAUAUUAAAAAAGUCUAUAGAUAAGGUAUCU